GCUCGUGAAGGCGGUUUUAUUGUGAAACGUCCCACCGGGGCUUCGGCUUUUUAUUCGCGCUACGCUAACGCUGCUGAGAGCAAGCAGGCGGAGAGGAACGGCAUCUAAAAAGCGACUUGGAAAAACUACUUAGCGAGUUUUGGAGUCCUAGUUAGCCGCGAGGGCACCAGCAUGAGCCAGGAGACACUGGUGUCUGAUGGAGACUCUGCUCAGGAUGCUCCUGAUUUUAACUGGGAUGAUUACCUGGAGGAGACUGAAGCCGUGGCUGUGCCCCAUCACAGCUUCAAACAUGUGGACCAGGGCCUGCAGACAGGGCUGACUCCAGGCAUGAAGCUGGAGGUAUGUCUGCGCUCUGAGGCUGACAGCCCUUACUGGGUGGCAAACAUCAUCACCACAUGUGGACAGCUGCUGCUUUUACGUUACGAGGGAUACCAGGAUGACCGCCGUGCAGACUUCUGGUGUGACAUCAUGACGGCAGACCUCCACCCUUUGGGUUGGAGCUGGCAGCACGACAAGACAAUGAGGCCCCCUGAAGGUGUGCGUGAGAAGCAUCAGGACUGGGAGGCUUUGCUGGAAAAGGCCUUGGCUGAGGAGUGCAGCGCGCCUGCCAGCCUGCUGGAAUUGCCCCAGCGUGGCAGAGACCCAGUGGAGCUCCUGUGUGCGGGCUGCUACGUGGAGCUCCAGGAUAGCGUUGACCCGGGGCUGGCCUGGGCUGCUGAGGUGGAGGAAAAUGUCGGAGGAAGGUUGAAACUGCGGCUUAUAGGCACAGAGGGUCUCCCAGACACACCCGCAACUCUCUGGCUCUUUUAUCUCCACCCACGCCUACACCCACCUGGCUGGGCCAAAGAGCACGGCUGCACCCUCAGGCCUCCUUCAGAUCUGUUAGGUCUGCGGACGGAGGAAGAGUGGGAGGACGUGAGACAGAGGAUCAGUGACCUGCCUCAGGAUGAAGCUCUGACUGCAGAGUUAACUAAAGAUCAACCUGCCAUCUCUGCUCAUUGUUUCAAAGAAGGGAUGAAACUAGAAGCUGUUGACCCUGCUGCUCCCAUUUCCAUCAGGCCUGCAACUGUCACCAGGGUGUAUGAUGAGCAGUACUUCCUGGUGACAAUGGAAAACCUUUGUGAUAUUGAGGAGUCAGAGAGUGCUGGGCGAUCCUUCCUGUGUCACAGAGACAGUCCGGGGAUCUUCCCUGCUCAGUGGAGCCUCAAAAACGGGCUCCCACUCAGCCCCCCACCAGGAUACCAGGGUCCAGACUUUGACUGGGCAGACUACCUGAAACAGUGUGAAGCUGAAGCCGCUCCUCAACAUUGCUUCCCAACUGAGCAGUGUGAGCACAGCUUCAAAGAGGCCAUGAAACUAGAGGCUGUCAACCCACUGUCACCUGAGAACAUUCACGUGGCCACAGUCACCCGGGUCAAAGGGCAAUACAUUUGGCUGAGCCUUGAAGGUGAGAUGACUACUGAAACUUUAGUAGAUGGAUUCAAAUGAACAAUUACAAUGUGCACAGUUUUUUUUCUGCUGUUUUAAGAAGAAAAUGGGCACACGUUAAUCUCUCCUUGUUUUUCAGUUGAGAAAGAAAAGAAGAUUGCUGUGGUGCAGCCAGAGAAACACAGAACUCCCCCCAAGUCUUCAUCACCUGACACUGUCAAGCAGCAGAUAGCAAACCAGUCGGAGACAGGGCAGGGCAACGGGAAAUACUGCUGUCCCAAGAUCUACUUCAACCACCGCUGUUUCUCAGGGCCCUACCUUAACAAGGGACGCAUCGCUGAGCUGCCUCAGUUCAUCGGCCCUGGAAACUGCGUCCUCGUGCUCAAAGAGGUAUUGACUCUGCUGAUAAACUCAGCCUACAAGCCCAGCCGUGUGCUGAGAGAGCUGCAGCUGGACCAGGAGAGCCGCUGGCAGGGCCAUGGAGAGACACUCAAAGCAAAGUACAAGGGAAAGAGCUACCGGGCCACCGUGGAAAUAGUCCGUACUGCAGACCGUGUGGCAGACUUCUGCAGAAAAACCUGCAUUAAGUUAGAGUGCUGCCCGAACCUGUUUGGACCUCGCAUGGUUCUGGAGCACUGCUCAGAGAACUGCUCUGUCCUCACCAAGACCAAAUACACAUAUUACUAUGGAAAGAAGAAGAGUAAACGUGUUGGUCGUCCACCUGGAGGCCAAACUAAUCUGGAUGCUGGAGUGAAAAGAAGGGGGCGGAGGAGGAAGAGGAGGAAGCAGCUCUUUGUCCAUAAAAAGAGACGCUCAUCAGCUUCCGUUGACAACACACCUGCCGGCUCUCCACAGGGCAGUGGGGAGGAGGAAGAUUUAGAUGAGGAUGACUCUCUGAGUGAAGACUCUGGCUCUGAGAUGCAGGACGAUCUCCAGGACGAUUCCGAGCAGUCAGUCGGGAAAUCUCAGCCCACCACACCGUCCCCUUCCCCGCCAGCGACUCCCAGGCCGACACGCAGACGCCGGAAACCCCGCUCCCCCUCGUUCUCUGAUGAUGAGAACCACCCCCCUUCACCAAAGACGCCAAAAGCUGAGCCUCCUCAGAAACUGUGUUUGGAUACCAGCCCCCUGGAGUGGAGCGUUACUGAUGUGGUUCGCUUUAUCAGGACCACUGACUGUGCGCCUCUUGCGAGGAUUUUCUUGGAUCAGGAGAUUGAUGGACAGGCGCUGCUGCUGCUGAACCUCCCGACAGUGCAAGAGUGUAUGGACCUGAAGCUGGGACCGGCCAUCAAGCUGUGCCACCACAUCGAGCGGGUCAAGCUGGCAUUUUAUCAGCAGUUUGCUACGUAGCUGACGGGGGACCAGAUGUGGGAUGUGACUGCACCCUGUUCUGUGUGUUAAUCCAUUCAAAAUCAAUGGGUUGUUUUUUGGGGGGGGAGGUGGGUUCCCCCCUAACACUGGACAUCGUUUAGAAUCCUUCCUAUUCCACAACCUGCGUGGACAUGAUAGACGAAGCAACAUUUCUUGAUCCUUGGGGAGGGGGAAAGACAGCUGAGAAAGUAGAACACCCAAAGGAAGGAACUUGUGGCUCUUUGAUGGCACAAAUAAAUGUAAAGACAUAUAAGUAUAAAUUCCUUAAAUUCAGCAUAUUUUGACAUCAAAAUAAACCAUCACCAAGGACUUGCUUUAGGUUUAAAAAAAGAAAAGAGCUUGGUUUCUGUAUCUAUUUUAAUUAAUGCUGUUUGACUAAUUUGUAUCUUCAGAGUGUUGUGAACCUGUUUUUUUUUUUUUUCUUUUCUUGUUGUUGUUGUUGUUGUUGUUGUUUUUGUUUUUUUUCCCCUUUUCUUACCCCACUUAAAAAGUGACUUAGCGCCACUUCUAGAACUCUUGUUCUAUUUAAUCAUACUUUGCAGUCCACUUAGGGCAAUACCACAGGAUCAAAGCUUUUAAAUUGUAAUACUAUGGGAUAAGUAAGUAAUAAUCUCACUAACUAAUAAGUGAGAUUAACUGCCUUCUGAUCUGGUGACUUCUGUGGAGAAUAUUUAAAGUGUCUUCAAAAAUAUAUUUCGGUGUAUUAGUUAAAGAAAAAAACAGAGUAAUCAUUGCUUCAGAAAUCAAACUAGACGAUGCAAAGAGACUGCUGCCCAGUUCUGAAGCGAUAGUUUGAGUCAUUGCAGGGACUGCAUUAGAUUUUAUUUUAAACAUGCAACAUGUAUAUCAAGAUCCGUUGCUAGUUUUAAGAUGGAAUACUUUAUGCCAAAUUUGUAUGCUUAAUGUAAAAUGGGGUCUUGAUCUUAAGAGACUAUGGCUCUCUGGUUUAAGUCUCAAUAUGUGAAAUGAUUUUGUACUGCAAGCACAAGCAAAACCAUGCACUACAUGGUGGUAUGCAAUUAUGACACGUGCAUGUCUGUAUAUAGUGUACAUAUUCAAAUAUCUUCUAGUGCAACAGGGUGAUUUGAAAGGAAAAAAAAAUCGUCUUUGUGCAUAUGUGUAAAUGCCCAAACAACACAAUAUAUUUGCACAGAAUAGGUCUAAACUUUGCAAUAUUGGGUAUAUGAUGCGAGUCAGUUUAGCUACAGUUGAUAAAAACAUUUUUAACAGCAAUGGGUUAUUUUAAUUGCUGAUGCUAAAUGAAAUUGGCAGUUUUAAAGCAAGAUGAUACCCUUAACAUGCUUUUGUAAGUCGUUUCUCCCCUCGUUUUUUUCAGUCCGUGUCGUGCGAUUUGAUGUAACGUUCUUCAUUUUGUGUGAUGUUUGUGUUUACUAAUUUUCUCGUAGUUCCCUUGUGCUCAGAACAAUGGCACAGGCAUUUGUUUGAAGAUUAUUAUCACUGCUAUUUAAAGACAACACUGCAAUAAAAGCUGAACAACACUUUU